UUUCAACGUCGCGCUUUGUAUCUUGUAGUUUGCCGUUCGCUCGCCAUCGCCAUCGCCAGCUGAAGCUGAAGAAGAACGCAGCUACAUUUCGGGAUUAACACUAAUUCGUUUUUGAUUGUCGCCCAGGGGAAUCGUGUUAUCGUGGAAGGGAAGGGGUCGGUCGCAGGAACCCAGGCGGAGCAGAGUAGGGCAGCUGCUGAUGUUCUCAGCCAACGAAGAGGAACCCAUUGAAUAUACAAUCUACAAAAGUGGAAGGAAGGAACGACAACAACGACUCCAAUAACAAAAAACGGCACACGAUCGAAGCGAGGAUAGGGGGAAGGAUCAUAAAAGGCUCGUGCCAUAUGAAGCAUUGAGCCGAGCCGCUAUAAGUGCCACCAGGAGGGGGUUGGUCGGUUGCUGUUGAUAGCGGGUAGGGAGCGACGCGAAGGAAUUCCAAUUCCACAAUUCAUGCGGUUGCCGAGGGUCGAGACAAAGUGAGCAGGAGAUCCUCCUGGCAGAAGGAAGCAGGACUAUCGCUUAUCAGCCAUGCGUUCGAGAGAACGUCACACCGCGGAGGGUUGCACCAAAUAAGGGUCCGGGGUUUCGUUCUUAUCUUAAAGCUUGUUCUGACUAGAGUGAGGUACUGAGGGGUGUCGAAAAAAAGAGCAGAUGUGCAGCCGAGGAACCCACAAUUACAGAGCAGGAGCAGCAGGAACAGAGUUUCGUAUUCAGGACGCGUGCGCGGCAUGCUUAGAGAGAGAAGGACGACAACACUCGUUCCUUCCCUUGCGUUCAGUUAGCUUUUGAGAUUAGAAAAACACCUGGGGGUCUCCACUCAGGGACACAUUACUGGGAACGACUAAAUUUCAAGUGCUGCCAUGUCGGUUGAAAAUAGUUUAGGAAUUAUAGAUUUUAGUUUGGUUUGCGAGAGUGCUGGAGCUGCUGGAGCAGGAAAAACGCCUUCAGAGAGGGGGGAAUCACAGCAGUCCAAAGGCUUGGCAUCGUCGGACAAGGAGAAUUGCGGCGACGCGCCCAAAAUUGUCACGACAGGAGCCACGGCACAGCCUGCCACUGCCACGACGGUGGGGGCCAACGGCAGAUCCCUUGCCACAGCAGCCACAGCUGGGAAGUCGGGCAAAGAUGUGGGCGAUGGCAUGAGCAGCACGGAUCUCAAGUUCCAGUCGUAUGUGAAUGGCAACGGCAAUGGCGUCUACAAAAUCAUCAAGACCCUGGGAAAGGGGAACUUUGCCAAGGUGAAGCUUGCGGUGCACAUACCCACGGGCCGGGAGGUGGCCAUCAAGGUGAUCGACAAGACGCAGCUGAACACGAGCGCCCGCCAGAAGCUGUACCGCGAGGUGCGGAUCAUGAAGCUGCUGAAUCAUCCGAACAUUGUGCGGCUCUUUCAGGUGAUCGAGUCGGAGCGGUCGCUGUAUCUCGUCAUGGAGUACGCCAGUCGGGGCGAGCUCUUCGAUCACCUCGUCAAGAACGGAAGGAUGAGGGAACGGGAUGCGAGGGUCAUCUUCCGGCAGCUGGUGUCGGCCAUUCAGUAUUGCCACAGCAAGUUCGUGGUGCAUCGCGACCUCAAGGCGGAGAAUCUGCUGCUCGAUCAGCACAUGAACAUCAAGAUCGCGGAUUUUGGCUUUGGCAACACCUUCGACCCCAACGCCCAGCUGGAGACGUUCUGCGGCAGUCCCCCCUACGCCGCGCCCGAGCUCUUCAUGGGCCGAAAGUACGCGGGUCCCGAGGUGGAUGCGUGGUCCCUGGGUGUCGUUCUCUAUACGCUGGUCAGCGGCUCGCUGCCCUUUGACGGCGGCACCCUCAAGGAGCUGCGGGAACGCGUGCUGCGGGGCAAGUACCGUGUGCCCUACUACAUCUCCAUGGACUGCGAGAAUCUGAUGCGCAAGUUCCUCGUGCUCAAUCCCGCCAAGCGCACCACCCUCAAUGCCGUGAUGAGCGACAAGUGGAUCAAUCUGGGCUACGAGGAGGCGGACAAGCUGCGCGUCUACCGCGAGAAGCCCAUGGAGCUGCAGGAUCCCGUUCGCGUGGAUCUGCUCACCGGCAUGGGCCACAAGCGGAGCGACGUGGAGCACUCGGUGCGGGGCCAGCUCUUCGACGACAUCUACUGCACCUACAUGCUGCUGAACGUAGCCAAGCCGCGUGCCUCUGCCUCUGCCUCCAGGCAGGGCUCCUCCAGCUCGGAGGUUUCCGCCACCACAGCGCUGCCUGUUGUCACGCCUGCCCCAUCGGUGGCUCCAUCGUCUUCCUCGGGCACCGCUAGUGCUAGUCGCCCCAUGGUGCCACGAAUGACCAAUAUUCUGAACUCUCUGACGACAACGAUCAGUUCCACUGCCAGCGCAGAGCCAGCGACGCUGGCAAGUGCGAGAACAGGAGGUGCAUCUGUGGCACCAGCCAAGCCCACGCGUCGGACGCCCGCUCGCAAGGGAACCACUGCCGCUGUUCGCUCCGAGAUCAGCUCACGCACCCGCUCCCCCCACACGCCGCAGUCGAGCAAGCGGGGUGCCCCCUCAGUGGAUGUGAAGCCAACGCUCCUCAGCGCUCAGCGGCAGAUGGCGCAGGCCCAGAAGAUGUCCGCCGCCACGCCGCCCCGCUUCCAGUACCUCAGGGAGACGCACAGUCCGGUGCAGACGCCCGGCUCCGCUCGGCGUCCCACCACGCUCUACGAGAAGGCAGACCUAGCCACGCCCCCAGCCACUGGCGCCACGCCCAUGGUGGUGCCAAAGUCGCCAGCCAUCGGCGGUCGUUUGAUGGAGCGUUUCGAGGCCAUCGAAAAGCCCUUCACCCGCCAAAAUGCGGCUCGUGCCACCUUCCACUUUGGCCAAGGCCGAAGUGGCAAGAACGCCAGGGGUGGCCCGGGCAGUGGCAACGGCGCAGACGAAGACCAGAUGCCGCCGCUCUCCGCGGACGACACGAAACCCGCCUCCCGCGUGGGCUUCUUCUCGAAGCUGACAGCACGCUUUGGCCGGAGGGUUAUCCACCUGAACGAGAAGGAUGUGGCGGAGCAGCGCAAGAAUCUCACCAAGUAGAUGAUCCAUGAGAUACAUCCCCUGUGGCUCUGUGUGUUUCGUUUAUAGCUCCAGACUAGAAUCUGUAGCCCUCUUUUUGAUAGGAAAUAAACUUUAGUCUAGGAGAAGAGUUUCACAAUGCAAAGUGCGGACUGGACUGUGGACAUCAAACUGUACAUCAGGCUGGUGUGCAACUCAAACUGUAAACUGCAUCAAAGUGAACAUUAAACUGCCAAGAAUGGAAGUGAUAGUAGAGUAGAGUAGACCGAAAAAGACCGCUUUAUCGUCUUUUAUGCUAG